AUGGCCCGAAGCCAGAGGGCGGACUUGACAUACUGGAGUCCCGACGCACCUAAGCGUGCUCUACACUCGCGCCGCAGUCAGCAAGUAGCCGUGUUCGUAAUGUGGCGCUAUUUCUGGCUUACCGUGCUUUACCUGCAGCGGUCUUUUGCCAGUGAUGCCAGGAGUUCCGAGGACGUUGGAGGAUUAACCAGCGCUGCGUUCCUUCAGACGGUUUUGGAGGCUCAGAGUUAUGACAACAGGAUUUACCCCGGUUUCGAAAAACACAAACCCACCAAUGUGACCGUUCGCCUGGUUAUGGACAGUAUUGACUCAGUGGACGAAACAUCAAUGGACUUCACAUCAAAUUUCAUAAUAACACAAGAAUGGUACGAUCGCCGCUUGCGCUUCCACAGUCUAAUCGGCAUAUCCGUGAUCGAAUUGGACUCAAAGAUGAUAAAUAGUGUUUGGAUACCUGAUCUGUACUUCGCUAACGAAAAGAGGGCAAUAUUUCACGACGUGACCGUGCCUAAUAUAAUGAUGCAUAUCAGCAACAAGGGAUUUGUGAGGUAUAAAUCCAGGGUGUCACUCACUGCUGCAUGUCCAAUGAACUUACAGAAAUUUCCGCUGGACAGUCAGAAGUGUUCACUUCAGUUGAAGAGUUUUGCGUACACGAAAAAAAUUGUCAAUUUCCACUGGCGGAAUGAAAAUCCUGUGGAGGCCAAAUCAUUUGAGCUGCCGCAAUUUCGUCUGACAAACCUCGAAGCUGGACAGUGUGAAAAUGAAACGACGAGUUCUGACGAAGGAGAUUUCAGUUGUAUCCAAGUGAACUUCUACAUGGAGAGGCAAAUAGGGUAUUACAUGAUCCAGCUGUACAUUCCUAGCAUCCUGAUUGUAUCAUUGUCCUGGGUGUCCUUCUGGCUAACCAUCGAGGCUGUGCCCGCCCGCAUCUCGCUCGGCAUUCUCACGGUGCUUACCAUGACGACACAGAAGUCCUCAGCAGGGGUGUCCCUGCCCAGAGUCUCCUAUGUGAAAGCCAUAGACGUCUGGAUGGCCAUCUGUAUGAUCUUUGUCUUCUCGGCCUUACUCGAAUUUGCUCUGGUGAACGUUUUAUCCCGGCGAGAAAAGAAGAACGCGUCUUCUGUUAGAUCCCCAGACAGACAGUACGCACCAGCUAAUGAAACAAUUAUCAUGGUCGAGGAAAAUCAUCGUGCCAGGCAGCCGAAUACUAUGAACUGGUCCUGGGAUAUCAAAGGAAUCAAACAGGCGCGAACAUUGGACAAACUCUCUCGAGUGUUUUUCCCUGUCGCCUAUGGCUUAUUCUGUGCUGUUUACUGGAUAUUUUACACGAAGUUUUAGGAAAACGAACCUGAUGCUGUAAUUUGCAUUUGUAUUCAUGAAUACAUGUAUGUACCUUUAUUCCAUCUGGCUUGCAGGGCCCGCGGAGCGAUUUGAGA